UCGAUCAGCUUAUCCCGGCAGAUCCCAGUCACUGGUAGAGAGUGGAAGGUGUGGUUCCAGGCUCGUUCCGAUAACACAACACUCUGUGGCUGAUGUACACGUUCACAGACUGCCAGACCAAAUGAGAGGUUUUGGGAUGACCGUAGGGGGACAGAUGUGUCGGAAACCAUGCUGAUUUGAACGGAGUUCUGGUCCACAGAGUAGACAGGACGGCUCGAGACUCGGAUCCAGCGUAAUGCGUGAUGACACCCUUGUCGUUGUUGCCUGGUGUACGUUCCGGCCGAAACAGACGUCGCCUCCGGUUUUGUUAAAAUCCCCCAAGACUUCCUUCUUGUACUGUGUCCUUAGAGAUUAUAAUCAACAGACAAGCGAUGGUUAUUAAUAUAGAACGUUACAAGAGCCAAAAUCAACUCAUUGUUUAAGUCGUGGUGAUCCGUCUUUUGUGGAUAGUAAAAUGUGAGAAAAAAGAGUAAUAAGAAAAGAAUGAACAUGGAAGUCUUGAUCUUGUCUUAAGAUUUCUGUCUCAUAGAAUGCGUGAUACUAUAUCUGUUUUCGGCUGAGAUUGAACAGAGCUGCUACGUUCCUUCCACGAUGGAUUAUCUCAAUGAAACCGACGAAGCCACGAUAGACGAAAAGAACUUUGAACGGCUAGUCCGUAUUAUCAUUCCUACCAUAUUUGGAUUUAUCACGGUGGUCGGAUUUGUGGGUAACUUACUGGUCAUCUUGGUGGUUGUAUCUAAUCAGCAGAUGAGAAGCACAACAAACAUACUAAUAGUCAGUCUCGCCGUGGCCGAUUUUCUCUUCAUCGUAUUCUGUGUGCCGUUUACUGCCACCUCGUACGUAAUGCCUGUCUGGCCAUUUGGAAACAUUUGGUGUAAGUUCUCCCAGUACAUGAUGUACGUAUGCGCCUACACCAGUGUCUAUACACUCGUUCUCAUGUCGCUCGAUCGCUAUCUGGCUGUCGUACACGCUAUCCGCUCAAUGACGUUACGUACAGAAAAAAAUACCUACAUCCUCGUCUUCAUCGUCUGGGCUAUCGUCUUAGUCACUAAUAUACCCCUUCUGUUUGAAUUCAGAGUUCGUAGCUAUCCCUACUAUAACCAGAACAGGUCCGCUUGUGUAAAUUUCAGACAUAUGAAUGAUUCGACAGGACAAUCCGCAAAGCUAUUUCACGGAUUUUUCUUUGGAUUUGGUUACCUGAUUCCCUUGGUAAUCGUUUGUGUGCUUUAUGGUUUUAUGCUAAAACGAUUGCUCUACGGUGUUGUUCCAGGCGGAAACCAGUCGGCUGAGAGCAUGCGCGCUAAAAAGAGAGUUACCCGUAUGGUUGUCAUCGUGGUGGCUAUAUUUGCUUUCUGUUGGCUACCUAUACAAAUCAUCUUUUUUGUCCAUUACUACGGAGUACACAGUGAAAAUGCGCUAUUCGUAGGCGUGCAAAUGGCCUCCAACUGCCUGGCCUACAUGAACAGCUGUAUGAAUCCCAUUCUUUACGCUUUCCUGUCUGAAAAUUUCCGGAAGAGUUUUAGAAAGUUAUUGUGUUGUUUUUCAGCGCCCUCACUCAGUAAGAAUGACUACGAUAGGACGAACUAUAAAGGCUUAGAGUGCGCUGAAUCUCGAACUACUGCUUUGCAGAGUUACAACAAUGUGUAGGCAAGCCACAAAGACAGUUUGAUGACUGGUAAUAAAACAAGUAUAUGGCCAAGUUGUUCAAGGUAAAAUCCUUCGUGGAGACGAUGAAGUACAAUUUUCAGCCACCCGUCAUAGGACUACCUUUCGACGGACUAAAAAUUGUCUGCAGCGCAUGAGGCGCUGACUGAUCUUGUAACUCAGAAUUUCUGAUUGACGGCACUACAAGACUGAACGUUGUGCAUUAAGAUAUCGGAAUCUUGGGUGUUGUUCAUUGUGCACGUUCGAGGAAACGCCAUCUCAGGAAGGUGUCCAGCUCAUACUAUUGGCUUACAUUCGCUGCUGUGCGGUUGGCUGUGUAUGGCGUCUGAUGUUUCCCUCUCGCACAAUUUGUCCAUCCCCACGUAAAGAAACCGGUGUUGUCGUUGUACUAGUCUGAACACAUUUUAACACCGUACAAAAGUGAGAGAUAUUUGGUUAGACAGGGGUGUACAAGAAAAUAUCUCCUAAGUUGAUGUUGUGCUGCAUUUGACUGUGGAGUGAAAAACACCUUGUAUAUAUUGUUUUAUCCAAACUCUUCAAUCGCUCAAUACUGGCGUUGAUGGCUGAUUUGGUUUGACCCAGACUCAAACGUAAGCUUCCAUGUGCGUGUACACAGGAGAAUCUCGGAUUCGCUUCAGCUGUGGCACAGUGCUGCGAGAGGCAGCAUGGUCUAACCAUGAACUUUCCCACUUUUUUUCGCUAUUCCAUAACAGUUCCCCCAGACAGUUCAAUGCGCUUGAUCGCACCACACACGCUCGUUACUCUUAUUAGCAUUGCAUUUCUUACUGUGGAAAUCGACCUUUGUACACGCACAAAAUACGCCACCGUUUUAACAUGUGAUUUGAUGCCAUUUAGAGUAUUUUGGUAGAUUGUUCGGUUUAUAUGGCAAAAUAUGUCUAAGAUUCCAUUGGGCUUACUUGCUUGCAGGCGUAUGUCGAGGCGUUUUGUUUUGUCAUUGUGUAUCGGCCAUUUUCUAGUCUAUUAUAUAAGGUGAGUACGUCUGGAUUGAACAUAAUCUUAUACAUAGAUUUUAACUGGAUUGUAUUUCAACUGUGUGUCAUAUACGACGGUCAUUUUAUAUUAAAACCGUCCUUUCUCAUCGACAUGGCUGUUAUAGUGAGUUCUCUAAGUUAGAUUGUUUUAUGCAGAGUCAUGUUUAAAAUUCCCCCGUCUGACAACAGAUUCUGCUGGGAUCUGAGCUAAGCGGAGACGGAAUGUAGCAUGUUGUGUGGUAUAUUGAGCUACCGCCAGUUAGUCGUUGCUGUCAGUGUAGGUUAUGUACCGUCACUUAUAUAGCUGUAGAAGAACGAUUAGUUGUCCGUUGGAGAUGGACAACUGCUCACACAGGUUAUUUAGCUUAACCUGUAAACAAGUUCGGAUAUCGUGCGUGUAUAAUCUUUACUACUAUUUUUGUCGUGUAGUAAUGCAAUACUUGUAUUUUAUUAGGAAUACUUGUACUUGAUAUGUAACAGUCUUAACACUAAGUGGGAUUGCACAUCCCCCGCACCUCCGUACCAAUCCAUUCAGCCCCUUUUGGUAUUAUAUAAGUAAUGUAGAGACGCUGUUCAUAUUAGAGUGUUUCCAGGAAAUCUGACGACCGUAUCUUUGUUAACGUCAAGUGUUUGUUUAUUUGUAGAUAACUUGACAUUGCUGUAAAUAGCCCUACAAAUAUAUGAGAUGUAUGUGUUAGAGUCUGGUUUGGUAUGGUACAACUCGUGAGAUAUUGAUAGAAUAAAUGGCAUUAUUGCUUUAAUGUGACAAUUCUUUUGUAAUGUGUAAUAUUCUGACCAUUUACGACAUGUAAACAGCACAUUAGUUUUUCUCCAGUUUGUGUUCAGUCGUAAAACGGUUUCAGCAACAGUUUACUCAAUAAGCUGUCAUUUCAUAACUAGGGCUCCUUUCACAGUACACUGUAUAUCAAAUGGUUCCUAUACAGCCAUGGGAAGUAAAAGGUUUCCUCUUUAUUAAGUCUGGAGCUUACGUUAGACUACUAUUGGGCUUUGAAGAACAGGCUUACCUACUUAGCGCAGUUCCUACAAGUUCCAGUCGAAGGUGUCCAUUAGACAGUUUGUAGCGUAUUGCAUGGCGAGAUCUUUUGUCUGCUUUCACGUUGUCUAUUUGUGUACUUUGUGUUGACCUGAUAGAUAGAAAGUUCACCAAAUAAGUAAAUGCAUGAAAUUUAGUUACAGGGUUUGAAAGCAAAGCUUAUUAGGUUGGUGUUUGCAAAGAGAAGUGAUUGGAUGGUUCAAAGAAUGGCUAUACUGGCAUUAGGCAAUCAAUACCGGUCAGCAAAAGAGCAGCGAAAAAAAGACCUUCAGUCCAACAGAUGAUGUGAUAAUUAGGUUAGAUCGUCUCGUGGACCGAAUGAAUUCACACACUGAAGAAAAGCUCAAAUAAGUUAACUUAGUCCGCCGAAGAUAAAGUUAUUAUCUGUCAACGAAUGAAAAAAGUGUAACCUUGAGGAGCUGCUGUGGCAGCUGCAGUUUGUGCAGACAGUUACUGUCAUUGUCCGUACCCUGCGGAAAUCUUCUGCAAAGCUAAAGGCCUAAACUAACACAGUAGGUCAGACUUUGUUGAAGGGUAAUAAGGUUUCUACUGGCUGUAUAUACAGGACAGCUGAUUCUAUUAGGAUGCGGUGAAAAUACGACUUAGGGCAUUCCAUAGUAUACAUUACCUACAUUAUGGUAAGCUCUUCCGUCUUAUGAUUCACGCUAAAUCCCAACGGCUUUAUCGAUCUGGCGGAGACGAUAAUCCUCUGCCCACGGCAUACCACUAAGUAGAAUAGCAGACGAUUUAUUGAGAAAGACACGAUAGUAGUGAGAACUGUGAGAAUGUCCGUAAUCCUUAACAUAUAUGGCAGUAUGUAUAGACACAGAAAGGUGUAACAGUCAGUACCCAUUUUUUACAGUGUAUAUACAAAGAAAAAAUAUGCGAUAUCAAACUAGAGAUAACGUAGGCAAUAUACAAGCGUUCAAAGUCUAUCACGGAAACAAUGUUCUCAAACCGGUAUAUCUGUCAGAUAUUUAGAAUAUGCCACAUUCUUUAGCUGUGUGUUCUUGCGGAAAUUCUGUUUUUGUUAGUUACUGACAGAGGAUAUGCUGGAAGUUAUAUCAUGCAAUUUAGCCUUUUAAACGACUUUACGAAUUUUAAAUCUGACAUUAA